AUGGAGGCAGAGGAUUUGGCAAAGCGUUGGGAGAGACUACACUUAUCAGAGGAAGAAAGGUCUUGUUUUCACGUCAAACAGGAUUUAUCAAAAGAGGAGGACAGAAGAGGAAAACAUUGCAUAGUUGGGAGGGCUAUGACAGAGAAAGGAAUUAACAGUGAAGCUUUCAGGAUUACAAUGUCUCAAAUCUGGAGGUUGGAAGGAUGGGUCAGAUUUAAAGAGUUGGGAGACCAAUGUUUUCUAAUCGAGUUCCAAACUCUGGCAGAUAAAGAGAAAAUCUUCAGUGGUCAUCCUUGGUUUUUUGAUAGACAUCUCCUUACGUUGCUAGAAGUGGACGGAAUAGAUUCCAUAAGUGAAUUACAUUUUGCAUAUGAACCUUUCUGGGUUCAGCUCCAUAACUUGCCACUAGCUACCAUGACAGAAGAACUAGGAGAACAAUUCACAGCCUCCAUUGGACACGUGAUCCGGGUAGAUAUUGAAGCAGAUGGACGUGCAUGGGAGAGAUGUUUGAGAGUGAGGGUAGUAGUGGACAUCCAUAAACCUCUUCUGAGAGGGAAAUGGAUAAAGGUUGGCAAGAAAAAGCACUGGAUUUCAUUUAAAUACGAAAGAUUGCAGAACUUCUGCUUUCAAUGUGCGGUGCUCUUUCACAAGGGCAAAGAUUGCACCAGACUGCGACCUGAACAUCAAGGUGAGAAGGAAGCUCCACAACAGUUUGGUCUCUGGCUCCGUGUCCAGCCGAGGAACACAAACGUCUUUGACAGUCGCAGGUACGGUGGCUCCGACGAUGAUAAAAAACAGUAUGGGGAACAAUAA